AUGGAGAUCAGUAGCUACAUCUGGAAAUCACAAGAUGAUGGUGACAACCAUGAUCCUAUGACCCAUGUCCGACAGGCCCGAGACAUUGCCCACCACCCACCAGCAGGCCAUGGCUGGCCCAAGGACUGCAGCGAGAUGCCUCCUGGCAGCCACAGUGGUGUCUACAUCAUCCAGCCCAAAGGGCUGCACCACCUCGUGGUGUAUUGCGAGAUGAACGUGACCAACGGGGGCUGGACCGUCCUGCAGAGGAACCAGAGGGACACGCCGGUCACCUGGGCCGAGUCCUGGAGCACCUACCAGUACGGCUUCGGCAACGUGCGCAGCGAGUACUGGCUGGGCACCGAGUACAUCCACCAGAUCGCCAAGCAGAAGGUCUACCAGGUCAGGUUCGUCAUCCAGGACUCCACAGACAACAUCAACUUUGCAGACUACAACCUGUUCAGCGUGGAAGAUGAGUCCCAUGGGUACCGGCUGCGGCUGGGCUCCUACUCGGGCACGGCGGGGGACGCCAUGACCUCGGACAACCCCAACACCAUGCAUGACAACAUGAAGUUCUCCACAAAGGAUCGGGACCAGGACACCUACAGCAAGAACUGUGCCUACAGCUACGAGGGUGGGUGGUGGUUCUCUGCCUGUUACUCUGUGCGGCUGAAUUUCAAGGGCGGAAUGACCUGGGGCAACCUGUGCAAAGGGAACUGCAAAUCCUCCCUUAUCCUCAUCAAACCAGCUUCCUAUUGUUAG